AGCCGGGCCGGCAUGGCAUUUCCCACGUAGCCGCCACGCGGUACCGUUGCCAUGGCGGCACCACCUGGUGGGUUGGCCAUUCUGGUGGAUGAGAAGCGAGUCAAUGAACUCUUACAGCAGAAAAGUGGCUUGAAGGCCCUCUUGAGGUCCACCUUCAACACCGUGCUCUUCGUGGUUUUUCUGAUUCUCUUCACGUCCUUAGCCUUGAGUGAACCAAGGGAUAAGAUGAGGGCUUUCGAGGGCUACCUUCGCAAGAAGUUCGACGAAGAAGCAACCAUCCCCUUAAGUGAGGUGCUAUCCAUCGAAAGCUUCUGGAGGUAUCACAACGAGUCCUUCAUGCCAGCCAUCUAUGGGCGGGACCGGGCCAAGUAUUCCUUUCCUGGAGCGGUGGUGGCGACAUGGUUACAGGUGGAUGGUCCCAAUUACCUCUACGGCAUGGGACGCAUCAGAGCCCUCAACGUUCAGGCGGAUGCAGAUUGCCGGGUGGCAGAGCAGUUUCAGAGUUAUUUUCCGACCUGCUACGGUCCAUUCAGUCCAGAAGCACUGGACACUCAACCCUAUGGUCCAUCGAAUGAAGAAGGCGUGCCAACGUUCAACUACUUCUCGGACCCAGAUGGCGGUGAUUAUAGCGGUCUUGUGGCCGUCUAUCCCUCUGGAGGCUAUACCGAGAUCUUCACGCCGGACUAUCUCACCAGCAACGAGAAGUUCCACAUCAUGCGGACUGAAGGCUAUUUAUCAGAGAAGACCCGCGCGAUCUUCUUGGAGUUCACCAUCUACAACUUCAACCUCGGUCUGUACGGCGUGUGUCGCCUCGCCUUCGAGGUUGCCGCGGCGGGUGAUUGGACCAACACCUUCGAGAUCGACGUGCUGAUGCAGCGGCACUUGCAACCCUUGGGUUCCGGCACCACUGAGGAUUGGUUGUUUCUGAUCCUGGAGGCGGCUUUGCUGUUGUUUGUGUUGCGCUAUGUCCUGGAAGAAGCCUCGGAAUUCGUGGGCUUUGAGUCCAAAGGUGGGAAGAUGAGAAUCAGCAUCAAGUGGGACUAUUUCCUUGACGCCUGGAACAUCCUGGACUGGUUCAACCUGAUCAUGAUGAUUGUCACCGUCUGCUACAAAAUUGACACCUGGGCCAAAGCUGGAAGCCUGUACGUCAUUUCACCCUCUGACUGGAAGCUGGUCACCCGUGGGAUGUACUCCAACUUCCAUCCAGUCGCAGCCAACAUUCGGCAAGUGCAUAGCUUGGUGGCCUUCAAUACCAUUCUAACCUGGUUCAAGGCCGUGAAGUACAUCAACAUUAUCCCAUAUGUCACCACCUUCAUGCAGACGGUGUCCAUUGCGCAAGUCUCUUUGGGCUCAUGGAUCGUGGUGUUUUUGUGCACCUUGACGGGCUUUGUCCUGGCCUUCAGUACUGCCUUUGGCGCGGACAUCUCGUCUCUUCGAACUCCCUUUCAGGCCUUCAUUUUCAUCAUGUUGACGAUUCUGGGCAACAGCGACGUUUCGGUCAUCUAUACCGUGGCUCCCUUGUUGGGUUCGUUGUUGAUUAUCAUCUACGUGGUGGGCAUUUUCUUCGUCAUCAUGAACCUCUUCUACGCAAUCAUCGUUUCGACCUUGUCGGAUGCGAAGAUCGAGGAGGAUGCGAAGCAGAAAAAGAAGUGGGGGGUGAUGCGCGAUCGCUUAGAAGAUACUUGGAAGGCGUUAAACCGUGGUGGCAAGUUGGAGAAACAGUUCCGCGGCUGCUUUCCGGGUCUCUACUCGCGGCUCAUGCGGCGGAUGAAGCGAAUUGAAGUGCAUGAGAAGAAGCGAGAUGCUAUGGUGCAUGCCAGGGAGAUGAAGCUGCGCAGCGAGGACCUGUCGCUGGCGCUGGGCCCCGGCAGCUCCUCCUGGGGCCGUCGCCCGCGGCGGCAGCUGGCCACGGUGUCCAUGGGCGACGUCGCGGCGGAGUCGGAGAGCGAUAACUCGGAGCCGGAUCUGGGUCCACUGCGUUCCACAGAUCAGCUGCGCAAAGAGAAGGACAACACCUUUGGAGCCCAGACCUUGAUGAUCGAAGACCAAGAGGUGCAGGAGGAAGGCCUGGAAGAUGAUGCUGUGGAUUUGGUCAUCGAUGCCACGCGCCACGUGGCCUUCGGGGUGGUUGAACGCACCAAGGGCGCCAAGGGGGUUCUCUUCGCGGAGAUGACGGAAUCCAUGGAUGUGUUGAACAAUGUGGCGACCGUCCUAGAGGUGCUGGGAAAACGCACUCGGGACUUAGAAGCGCAGCAAAGGCAGAUUCUGAGAAAUUGAAAUGGUAGGGUGAAGCCAGC